CUUUCUGACAGGACAGGUUCGGUCAGACUUUGCUCUGAUAACAAAAUCAUAAAUCUGCAAAAUUAUUCCAUACAGAAUGUUACCAAAAAUUCGAAUUUCAUCUCUAAUGCGGGCUGUUUCCAGUGGUUCAUGUAGCUGUCCCGCCCAUUCGAGACCGGCAACAAGUGCUUUGGGUAGCCAAACUGCAAAAGAGUAUGCAUUCGAAAUGUCCUCGUCGACCGUUCGGUAUGGGCCUGGUGUCAGCAAAGAACUCGGACAUGAUCUUCAAAAUUUGAACGUCAAGAAGGCCUGCAUUGUAACAGAUAAAAAUGUGAUAAGAUUGCCGUCGGUGAAGAUAGCUUUCGAUUCCUUGGCACGCUGUGGCAUCCAGUACGAAGUUUAUGAUCAAACGCGCGUGGAACCAACCGAUGAAAGUAUGAUCCAUGCAGCUAACUUUGCGCGUAAAUUCGACUUUGACGCAUUCGUCGCAAUCGGAGGUGGUUCAUCUAUUGAUACCUGUAAAGCUGCUAAUCUAUUCAGCGCCGAUCGGGAGGCAGAUUUCCUAGACUAUGUCAAUGCUCCUAUCGGAAAAGCGAAAGAAGUGGAUGUUGAGUUAAAACCAUUGAUUGCUGUUCCAACAACGGCAGGUACCGGGUCCGAAACUACUGGGGUAGCGAUUUUUGACUUCAAAUCGUUACAUGUCAAGACGGGAAUAUCCAGUAAACGGCUGAGACCUCAACUGGGUCUGAUUGAUCCACUGCAUACGAUGUCGCAGCCGGAGAAGGUGGCCGCUUAUUGCGGAUUCGAUGUAUUUUGUCAUGCUUUGGAAAGUUUCACUGCAGUUCAUUAUACUGACCGUGGUCCGGCUCCGACUAAUCCAAAACUUCGGCCUCCCUAUCAGGGAAGCAAUCCGAUUUCCGAUGUUUGGGCACGAUAUGCUUUAAAAAUAAUCCGAGAAAACUUCAAAACGGCUGUGUUGAACCAGGAUGAUUUGAAAGCUCGUUCCAGUAUGCAUUUGGCUUCGACCAUGGCUGGAGUAGGAUUCGGCAAUGCAGGGGUUCAUCUGUGCCAUGGCCUUUCAUAUCCAAUUUCUGGAAGAGUUCGGAAAUUUGUUCCCCAGGGGUACGACGACGAUCACCCGAUUAUUCCGCACGGUUUGUCGGUGGUGAUGACUGCCCCAGCAGUGUUCCAGUUUACUGGAGCCACCUGUCCGGAUCGGCAUUUGGAAGCAGCCGAGAUUCUGGGAGCAGACAUUUCAAACGCAAAACGAGAUGAUGCUGGAGCCAUUCUGGCAGAUGUGGUCAGAAAAUAUAUGUACGAUCUUAGCAUUGAGAACGGCCUUUCGUCACUGGGAUUCAACAGCGAAGAUAUUCCAACUUUGGUAAAAGGAACGCUCCCUCAGGAAAGAAUCACUAAACUGGCUCCCCGCGCUCAAACCGAAGAAGAUUUAACUGCACUGUUCGAAAAUUCUAUGUAUGUUUAUUAAAUAACGAGUAAUCUGACGUAAUUAAGUAUUCAAUUUAUUAAACCUUGAAAAUCGAUGAAAACCGUUUUGAAAAAAAAUCUUUCUAAAGAUUACGUUUUGACACUACCUGUCGGGCUGCUAAUCACAGCUAAAAGCCAUAUGUUUAUGACCAUAAACAAACAUUCGCUUCUCCGAUUACGAAUCCCGCAUCCACAACCAGAACACCCGGUCGCCGCAAAGAGAUCGAUUAGCUAGAGCACUAACAGCCACUCCGGUUCGGAGCGCUUUUUGAACUUGUCUAGGGUUUCAUCACUUCUCACUCACCUCGGCGCUUUCCUCGGCAAGGGGUAACUUGAAACAAUAAAAGAAUGCGUAGCCGUGUUGAUGUUUACAUUUUCUAAAUUUACAUGCUAGGUACUUUUACUCCCACUGUAC